AUGAACAGCCCGUCGAAGCGUCGGAAGAAGAACGAUGGGUCCAGCCAACCGGUGCGCAAGCUGGAACACUUCUUCGCAAGGCAGACAGCUAAAGCCGCAGCCAAAGAUGCGCCAAACAAGGCCGAUGAAGAUCAAGACGCGACGACGCUGACCGACGAGGAGUAUGCAAGAAAGCUGCAGGAAGAAUGGAAUCGGGAAGAUCAACAGCAGGCGCAAGCGACAGAGCCUGUGAGCUCCAAUGAGCUCUAUGAGGAUGCAGAGAGACCGUGUGUGCGGGUGACGGCGGAAGAAGGCGCAGACACGACGACCGCAGUACAACGCGACUCAUUGAAAGCAGAAGAAUUGGUUGAACCCAUGCCGCCGAAACAGAAGAAUACCUUGACGCUCCAGUCGACCGCUACCGAAGAAGAUACAAUCACCGCCAACAUACCAUUCGAUCAGAGUCCGCUCGAAUUUGACCCCAUCAAGUACAUACCCGAUCUACAAAAGCACUGGGCGGUGGAUGGAGGCCUUGCGACAUAUGCGCUGUUGACGCGAUGUUUCAUACUCAUAAAUAGCACCACAAGUCGCAUAAAGAUUGUAGACACGCUCGUCAACCUUUUGCGAACCAUCAUCGAGGGCGACCCGGGCAGUCUGCUACCUGCGGUAUGGCUUGCGACGAAUGCGAUAUCUCCACCUUACAUUGAUCUUGAGCUAGGACUCGGAGGCUCAGCGAUAUCAAAAGCUCUCAAGAAAGUGUGUGGCUUGGACAACGCGGGCUUGAAAGUGCUGAACAAUAAAUACGGAGAUGCAGGAGAUGUCGCGUUCGAAGCAAAGAAAAAGCAGUCGUUCACGCUGCGGAAACCAAAGCCGCUCACAAUCAAGGCUGUCUUCGAUUCGCUGGUCAAGAUUGCAAACAGUAAGGGCAAUGGAAGCGUGGAGAACAAGCAGCGCAUUGUCGAGAGACUGGUACAGGAUGCGAGAGGCGCCGAAGAAAGUCGCUACAUUGUGCGCACACUUGUGCAACACUUGCGCAUAGGCGCAGUCAAGACUACGAUGCUGAUCGCACUGUCUCGCGCUUUCAUGUUGUCAGAACCUCCAAGCGCCGACUUCGAAACGCGCGGGCAAAAAGAGCUUGCAGAGCUAAAGAAAGAAGAGCUUGCAGAAAUCUACAGCCGGAACGAAGAAAUCGUCAAGGCAUGUUUCGCCAGGAGACCUAACUACAAUGACCUCAUACCUGCGUUGCUCGAGAUUGGUGUUUGCGAUGAACUGCUACUUCGAUGCGGACUGGCCUUACAUAUUCCCCUGCGUCCCAUGUUGGGUAGCAUUACGCGCGACAUGGGCGAGAUGUUCACGAAGCUGCAGGGUCGCGAUUUUGCAUGCGAGUACAAGUACGACGGGCAAAGAGCACAGGUGCAUUGUGACGAGAAGGGCAAAGUAACCAUCUUCUCGCGACAUCUGGAAGUCAUGACAGACAAGUAUCCUGACCUGGUUGCGCUGGUACCACAAAUACGAGGAGAGGGCGUGUCGAGCUUCAUUCUUGAGGGCGAGGUGGUCGCCAUUGAUCGCAACAGCGGAGAGCUUAAGACAUUUCAGACUCUUGCGAAUCGUGCAAGGAAGGAUGUUGCAAUUGGUGCCGUCACUAUUGAUGUGUGCCUUUUUGCCUUUGACCUCAUGUACCUGAACGGCGAAGAACUGCUAAAUCGUCCAUUCCGAGAAAGAAGAAGCCUACUCAAGAGUCUGUUUGUCGAGAUACCACACACAUUCACGUGGGUGAAGUGCCUCGAUGCCACAUCUGCCGACGUGGACGCGGUGCAGGCAUUCUUCCAAAGCGCGCUCGACAUCAAAUGCGAAGGCAUUAUGGUCAAAGUCCUCGACAACCUUCCCAACCCAGACCUCCUCGACAACACAAAUGACUUGAAUGACAAGACACCCUCUUUACCACCCACACCUAAAAAGAAGAAAUCCACAAAGUCCAAGUCGAAAGCGAAAUCGACCGAUGACGGCGACAAGGACGAAGCAAAAUCCCACGGCCGCCGGAAAGCCCUGCUCUCCACCUACGAACCUGACAAGCGCCUCGACUCCUGGCUGAAAGUAAAGAAAGACUACAGUACAACCUCGGAAACGCUCGACCUCAUCCCCGUCGGCGCAUUUCAUGGAUCUGGGCGCAAAGCGGCAUGGUGGUCUCCCAUCCUGCUCGCCAUCCGCAAUGCCGAAACUGGCCAGCUCGAAGCAGUUACAAAGUGCAUGUCUGGCUUCACCGACGCCUUCUACAAAGCGAAUCGCGCAAAAUACGACAAGGACGACCCGGAUUGUACAACUGUGCUAGCGAGUAAGCCGCGUUACGUGGAGUACAAUGGCGGCGCGGGCACGCCCGAUGUGUGGUUUGAGCCGCAGGAGGUGUGGGAAGUGGCGUUUGCGGACCUGACGCUGAGUCCGACGUAUACUGCGGCGAUUGGGCUAGUGAGUGAGGAGAGGGGGUUGAGUACGAGGUUUCCCAGGUUCUUGAAGGUUAGAGAGGAUAAGGGAAUUGAUGAAGCGACCGAGGCGCAGGAGCUGGCCGACUUGUAUAGGAAGCAGGAGGCUAAGGCGCCGAGGAAGGAGGGCGAUGGGGAGGAGGAGGGGGAUUGA